AUGACAAGUAUGGCUUUCUUGCUGGUCACACCGGAGGAGUUUCCAGCUAAGCUUGAGAAUUCUGAAUUGUUUGAAAGAAUUGAGAAGUUUGUGCAGGUCCAUAGAAACAGUUUUCUUCUGCUUCAAGCCCCAGUCUAUGGAAAAAGGGAGUGGGAGAUUUUAUCAUCAGUACAAAACAGAUUUCUUGGCUGUAACCUCAGAGUCAUACCUGUGCACAGUACUGCUGAUGUAGUGAAGGGAAUGCUGGUCAUUGCUAAGGCAACAAGUAAACCCAAUGGGGCGAAUUUGAGAGAUCAGAUGUCUUUGGCUUGUACUUACAUCAUUGAUCAUAGCCCUGAUUGGGGGAUGCUUCAAGAGAUGCAGUUCUAA